GCGCAGCCCGUCAGAACCCGGAAGCGGGGGCUCCGCGCGGCCGGAAUCCCGGCAGACUUUGGGCUGUACCGCCGCCGCAGACCCCACGAUGGCGCAGGAUCAAGGGCUGGGGUCCUCUGCGCCUGCCUGUUCUCAGACACUUCUGGAUGCUGUGCUCCAGAACCUCUACGACUUUGGAGAGACAGAAGAUGAAGCAGAACAGAAAAAGAUCAGAAAGAAAAGGGAAAACAAGAAGACAGAUGUGGGGACUCCAGCAGCCUUGGCAGCAGAGCCAGCUUCCUCACCUGGUUCUCUUAUAAAAGGCCAGCGAAAGAGUGCUUGCAGCUUCUUCAAGGAACUCAGAGAAGAGCUGCAGUGUGCUCCUGCUGUGACCCCCAGUGGUUCCCCUUCAGGACCAGAAGUCCCUAGUGCUGCAGUAUUUCCCUCUCCUCUGAAGAACAAUAUAGAGCGAGUAGAAGUGGUAGAAUUUCACAGCAGAAGUAAACAAAAAAAACAGAAGCCAGAUCAAGAGGAGAACACAAAGACCAAAACUAGUAUCCUUGAGAAAGAUAUGGAUAUACAAGAAUUUAACUUAGAAAAGGCUCGUUUGGAAGUGCACCGGUUUGGGAUCACAGGCUAUGGAAAAGGAAGGGAAAGAGUCCUAGAACAGGAACGUGCCAUUAUGCUGGGUGCCAAGCCUCCCAAAAAUAGUUAUGUGAAUUACAGGGUUUUACAGGAGCAAAUCAAAGAAAAAAAGGUAGCAAAGGAAGAAGAAAAGAGAAGGGCCCAGGACACAGAUAUUUUCAAGAAAAAGAAGAGGAAAGGGCAGGAAGACAGGAAAUCCAAAAGGAAGAAAUCAGCUCCCAGUAUUUUGUCAAGUGGACGGACUGGACAGGUUGGAAAAUUCAAAAAUGGGACGUUGAUUCUGAGCCGAGUUGAUAUUAAGAAAAUAAAUUCUUCCCGAGUGGCUAAAUGAAGUACUUUAUAAAAUAAAGAGAGGAAUGGGAAAGUGCCGUGGUACUGAAGCUGGACCCCUACAAGACUACCAGAUUAUUAUUUAUUUCAUAUUUCAUAGACUGCUUUUUUAUUUUAGGGAAAAAA